AUGUCAUUGGCGGUGUCGCACCUAGCCCGGGAGUUAUCAGACCAUGCUCCGCUCCUUCUUUCAGUGUCAACCAGACUGGAUACUAAACCGAGUCGUUCAGGAGGUUUUGGGGAUAUCUUUCAGACAGCUAGGCAAAAGGAAGAGGAGGUGCGGUUGGCGGAGGUUCGUGUAGAAAGCGAUGAUUCAGAUGCUGCUAGGAUGCAUUUACAUCUUGCCAAAGGCCAGUUACGGGUGGCCUUGAGAGUGGAGGAGUUGUUUUGGAAGCAGAAGGCUCGGCAUAUCCCAACAAUUUUGACUGAUGAGGAGAAUGAUUUGCUGGAGCAGUUUCCCUUUGAGGUGGAGAUUCGAAGUGCGGUGUUCGCGAUGGAUGGGGAGAGUGCACCGGGGUCGGAUGGAUAUACGGGUAAGUUCUUUACGGUUGCAUGGCUAUUACAGCGACCUCUAUUGCACUCAUUCCUAAGGUUGGGCACCCACAGAAUUUUUCUCAAUUCCGCCCGAUUAGCUUGUGUAACUUUGUUAACAAGUAAUUUCGCGAAUUUUGGCGGAUCGCUUGGCCCUAGUCCUUCCGAGGAUCAUUUUCCCACAGCAGAGUGGCUUUGUUCGGGGCGGCUUAUAUCGGAUAAUUUCUUGCUUGCACAAGAGUUGCUCUCUAAUAUGGGGAGGACCUCCAGAAAUGCCGAUGUAGCUCUGAAAUUAGAUAUGUCAAAGGCUUAUGACCGUGUUUCCUGGAUUUUUUUGACAAUGGUUUUGAGGAGAUUUGGUUUUAGGGAGCAAUGGAUUGAUAGGAUUUGGAAAUUGGUCUCGAAUGUAUGGUUUUUGGUUCUAAUCAACGGGCCAGUGUGGGUUUCUUUAAGUCUACACGAGGGCUUCGUCAAGGGGACCCGUUAUCCCCAGAUUAUUGAGAACUAUGGAGCAGUUUCGGGGCUGGAGAUUAAUGUUCAGAAGUGCGGGUUCAUGGUGCAUGCUAAAUUGCCUAGUCACUGUGUGGCAAGGGUUCGACGGGUAACUGGGUUUGGUCUUAAGUCGUUUCCCGUGCGUUAUUUGGGUUGUCCGCUUUUUGUGGGGCGCCGGAAGUGCCUAUAUUUCAUGGAGCUGGUACAGUCAGUUAUUUCUAAAGUUUCAUCAUGGAGGUCCAGCUUUCUAUCCCAUGGGGGUCGGAUUGUACUCAUCAAACACGUGCUUUCAGCAAUCCCAACUCAUUUAUUGGCAGCUUCAUGUCCUCCGAAGGGAGUUCUAGCCUUAGUUGAACGGGCUAUGGCAAAUUUUCUCUGGGGGAGCGGGAAGGUGGCCUCCGACAUCAUUGGAUUAAGUGGGUAG